CUGGAUUUUCUUUUUAUCCAUUUAUGAAACUAACACCAUAUCAUCAACAUAUCGUGCUAAUCCAAUAUAAGAACACUUUUGAUAAUCCCAGUUAUACAGCAAAAAUUCGUUUAACGCUAUGUCUGCUAAAAAUGGCGAAAUUGAACACCCCCCAUAGGCAGAUCUCUAACCUGUUUAUAAAAUUGUUCCCAAAUUGAAAAUUAACAUUUUCUAUACAAAAUUCAACUAAUCCUAUUAGGCUAUCUUUUUUCAAACUAUUAUCCAUUUCAAUGAACGGGGAACUUCGAUGUUUUGCUCAUAACUCUUUAGGGCAAAGAGCUACCGGUCUGUGGUUCUCAGUUUCUGAAAGAGAAUGAAUUUUGCUAGAAACUUAUGUAGAAUUAUUUUUUUCUUUAGUAAUACGGCAAAAUAUAUUUCUUCUCGCCUUUUUUCUUUAGUAACAGAGCAACAGCAACGUUAAACGUGUGAAAGAAAAACAAGAUACUACUCUCCGUUUCUUUUUGGUUGCUUAGAGGAGAAAAAGAAAAAUCGAGAACUUGUUGACAUGAGUAGAUGUACUUAUACAACACUUUGGUCAUGCACAUUCUUGUUUUCAAAUUUUGUCAUGACCAUUUUUUGUUGUUGAGAGAGUGUAUCAAAGUAACAUGCAGCUAAUUCCAUUCCUAAGCUUUCUUAGAUUUUUCUGGUUAGGAUCUUGUCACGAUUUACUCAAGAUCCUAUAGAAUUAUUUUUUUCUUUAGUAAAACAGCAAAAGCAACGUUAAAAGAAAAAAGCAAAAAUGAAAGAAAAGCAAGAUACUGCUCUGUCUUUCUGAGGAAGGACGGUCAAAGCUUUAAGGUUUAUUGAAUCUCAUUUUAUGCAGAAUUUAAUUCUUUAUCAGACACAGUAUGAACAAUUUCCGAAUAUCAUCACAAAGCUCUUGAGAUAUUUUUAAAUUCACUUGAAUGAAUGGAAGAUCAGGUUGGUUUGAUUCAAGUGAAUUUAAAAAUAUCUCAAGAGCUUUGUGAUGAUAUUCGGAAAUUGUUCAUACUGUGUCUGAUAAAGAAUUAAAUUCUGCAUAAAAUGAGAUUCAAUAAACCUUAAAGCUUUGACCGUCCUUCCUCAGAAAGACAGAGCAGUAUCUUGGUUUUCUUUCACACUUUUAACGUAGCUUUUGCGGGGUUACCAAGGGGUAAGAAGCACAUUGCGGAAUGGGAACAAAAUUUCUGGAUUGCCAUUCCGGGAUGGCAGAAUGGUGGACUGGCAUUCUUGAAUAAGAGAAAGUUUUUUGUUUUGGUUCUAAAUACGAGCGAAAAUUUGAGUCUGUAACGAAAUAAAGGUAUCAGAAGGACCAGAAUUUGUUUUAUUUAUUUGCUACUAUCCCGUAUGUCAAACAAAAAGGAUGUGAUUUGUCGUUAGAAAAAGCACGCCUAAACAAUUAUUUUCCUAGUACACGUAAAAGUCUGUCAGAAGAUAGUUAAUUUUUUGUAUAGAGCGCCCGUGUCUACGAAAUUGCGGUAUUUUUAACAAUUAAUCGCGAUUUUGAAAAAAUCAUCAAUUAAUUGCAAUUAGUUGUUGGUUUUAAGCGAUUAAACGUUUAUUAUUAAAUGUUAUUUAUUUAUAAUGUUUAGAUCAUCUUUUUAUUUUAGAGUACAACGGGGUUGUCAUGAGUCUUCUCUAUGGUCGCUUAGAGCCUUAAGCCGAGGAGCCCAGUGAACAGUUGGUAUCUGAGAAAUGUCUAAAAUCGACUCGGGGGCUAUGCUCCGACUAAGAAAGCUUAGGAAUGAGAUUAGAGUUGCAUUGUAUUUUGGUACACUCUCUGAACAAUAAAAAUAUGACAAAAUUUGAAAACAAGAGCGCGUAUGACUAAAAUGUUGUGAAAGUACAUCUAUUCAUGUCAACAAGUUCUCAAUUUUUCUUUUUUCUCCUCUAAGCAAUUAAAAAGAAAGGGAGAGCAGUAUCUUGCUUUUAUUUCACACUUUUAAGGCUGUUGUUGCUCUGUUACUAAAGAAAAAAAGCGAGAAGAAAUAUAUUUGUCUUAGCAAAACAAUUAAAUGAGAGAACAAUACCAACCAUCUGUGUCUCUCUUUUUCUCUCGCGUUAUGCAUACAUACGUAUUGUGAACAUUGUUUUUCAUUUUGAGUAUUGAUUCAACCAUGGUCAGCAUCCUCCUUAUUUUACUGUUUCUGCUCAAUUUCCAGUCGACUCAUUGCACAGCGAGCAACUCAUUGGCUAAUUGCUACACAGUAGCCGCGAGUUUCAAUACAACUUGCGGUUCAUAUACCACCGCGGUUGCUUCAAUUACUGCCACAACUGGUUAUAGUUUGACAUGCACCUCAGGAUUCACUUCUUCAACAUGUCCUGGCACUUUUUCCGCUGGUACAUGUACAUUUUAUCACAAGCUGUGUGUCACAUGUUCCGGAAGUACAACUGUUCGCAUUCGUGUCCAGUCAAAUGGGCUUCCUCGAUUUUGUCCUAAUGCGCCUGCGUUAUUUUCUGAACAAAAUAUUGACUUCGCAGUGAAUUUCAAUCCCGAUGUUAGCGUCAAUUCGCCGAAUCAGAAUCCCACAACUGCGUCGGCGUUGAGUUCGAUUGUUUGCAAUAUCAAUAUUGAAGGGUCGGCUCCAUCUGCAUCGAAUCUGGUGUCCUAUGGUACCAGUUUAUUGAACACGGUCGCGGGUGUCAGUGUCGAUGGUGUUGCUAUUCUGAAUGUGAACAGUGCGAACAGUAUUGAUCCGUUUUAUCCACCGGUGGGUGCUACAGCCGAAACGGUGGACACAUGUUUAGGACAUCCAAAUAUAAAUAACAUCUACCAUUAUCAUAUUGGAUCAGGCUGUGCAUUGAACCCACCAUCGAGUGCUAUUUCAGCAUGUGCAAUGACGUCUUGCAUUUCAAGUAUUGCCAGCUAUGCUAUUUCAUUAUAUAGCUCGUAUCGCGCUUUAACCGUAAUUGGAAUAGCUAAAGAUGGUCAUGUUAUUUACGGACCCUAUGACUCCACCGGAACACAGGUAACAAGUGGUUUCGAUAUGUGCAACGGUAUGUUCUACGAUUCAAUUGGUAACUACGCUUAUUUUGCGACACAAACAUUUCCCUAUAUAACGGGAUGUUUUGGCCCCGGUAAUUAUCCCAGUUUUUCCGUGAAUUGUUCAACAAAUGCACCUUCGUCAUAUUCAAAGUCAAUUUAUGCUACUGCUCUAUCCCCGUCCAGCAAAACAGUGGUUUCAGAUUAUACUAUCACUUUUCUAAUGGUAAUGGUCACACUUCUGGCAACGUGACCUGUAACUGACCUUUUCUUGAAAACCAGCAAACUGAACUUGCACUUUUUUGGAAUUUCAAUUCU